AUGGCGCGAACCCUGAGACCCGACGACAUCAACCCCCGGACGGGGCUUGUGGUGGCUCUGGUCAGCGUUUUUCUGGUGUUCGGCUUCAUGUUCACCGUGUCUGGCAUCAAGGGAGAGACCCUGGGAGACAUCCCGCUGCUGGCCAUCGGGCCGGCCAUCUGCCUGCCGGGCAUUGCCGCCAUCGCCCUCACCAGAAAGACCGACGGCUGCACCAAAUGUCCCGAGAACAUGCGUCCGUGCUGUAAGGAAAUCAGGGACCGGGAUGUCAUGGAGCUGCUAAGGACCCCCUCGGACCUGGAGUCUGGCAAGGGAAGUUGUGACGAGCUGGCCAGGAAAGCUUACCGCAAGGACAGGAGAGGGCUGAGGAGAGAGGACACCGUGUUCAUCUGCACCACCAGCACCACCGCCGCUGACACGGCAGAGUGCAAGAGCCUCACCAAAAAGGUGGAGCAGGAGGAGAUGCUGAAAUACCUGGAGAGCUGUUACCCAGAGAUGCCAGAGAAUGUGUUCGUGGGAGAUGGCUCCACAUACAGUGCCUUGGAGAAGAAGAGCUCUUCUCCCAGCAGGGACAGCAUUCCUUGCCCUGACAUUGAAGAUAACAUUUUUGUGGCUCCUAAAGAUAGUAUCAUUGUCUGCUCUUACAAGGAUAACAGCCCUUAUGACAGCUACUGUUGUUACAUAAACCCCACUGGAGUCAAUUCAGACCAGGAGACCAUUGUGUGA